AAUUAAUAUUAAACAUAUAAAAAUAAACUAUUUGCUCACACAAGUACUAAUCAAUCACCAAACCAAACCAAACCAUUCCUUAUUCCUUAUAAAUACACUUCAUUGCAUCUUCACUCAACAAAUUAAAAAAGUCUUUUCAAGUGUUUGCACAAGAAGCAACAACACUAACUUUCUGUGUUCCUCUCUUUAAACAAAAAAAUAAUAAAAAGAAAACCUCUCAAUAUAACACUACAUAGCUAGCACAUAAGACACAUGGCAUCAAUGGAAGACAUAAACAUGAGUACUGAGGAAAUUCCACUUCCUGGAUUCCGAUUUCACCCCACAGAAGAAGAACUCCUUGAUUUCUAUCUUAAAAAUAUGGUUGUUGGCAAAAAACUUCGUUUUGAUGUCAUUGGUUUUCUCAACAUCUAUCACCAUGAUCCUUGGGACUUGCCAGAUUUGUCAAAGGUUGGGGAAAGAGAAUGGUAUUUCUUUGUGCCAAGGGACAAAAAACAUGGUAGUGGAGGAAGGCCUAACCGCACAACUGAAAAAGGGUUCUGGAAAGCAACCGGUUCGGACCGAAAAAUUGUGACCUUAUCCGAUCCGAAGCGGAUAAUCGGGUUGAGGAAGACGUUGGUCUUCUACGAGGGAAGAGCUCCUCGUGGAACCAAGACCGAUUGGGUCAUGAACGAGUACCGUUUACCCGACAAUAGCCCCUUGCCUAAGGACAUAGUGUUAUGCAAGAUAUAUAGAAAGGCAACUUCCUUGAAAGUGUUGGAACAAAGAGCAGCAGAAGAGGAAGAAAUGAAACAAAUGUUGGGUUCACCUGCAUCCCCACCUUCCUCUACGGACACAAUCUCUUUUAGCUACACACAACAAGACCAACACGUGUCCCUACCCAUGUUGUUCCAACAAGUCAUUCCUAAGAAAGAAUCUGAACCAGAAAUUAAUGAAACUGAAACUGAUGACAUGGUUUCUUUUAGUCAUGAAAAAAUUGUGAAAGAUAACAAAAAGACUUGUGGAACAUCUUUGCAAUUGCCCUUAGGGAAGGACAAUGUGCCUGAGUUACAGUUACCUAUAGCUGCGGAUUGGACCCAAGAUACGUUUUGGGCUCAGCUUAAUAGUCCUUGGCUACAAAAUUGGACUGCUUACUCCAACAUCCUUAAUUUCUAAUUAAUUAAUGAUGACUUUAUGUGUUACAUUAAUUAAUCAAAUGUAAGUGUUUAUUUUCUUCGGUAAAUAGAAAUAGUAAGUCAUUAAAACUCAAACACAAAGCGGAGAACCAUUGGUCAUGGCGUUCGACCUAACAAUUUCAACAUUUCUGCGAAUGAAGUUAGGAUUUAUGGACGAUUAAAUGCAAGUUUAAUUAUUAAUAUAUGUUUAUUUUGGAAUAUAUGUAUAUUCAGUCAUUUAAUUAAUAAUGUUAAUUAUAGUACUAGUACAGUACUAGCUAAAUUAAUUAGGCAGGUAGCAUAUUGAUACAUUCUAUCAUGUGAUGUAAUUCUAUUUAUGAUAUUUGACAAUUCUACCUCGCUCUUAGAUGAUGUAUGAACUUCAAAUACUUUAAUACUUUAAUGAAUUACUACCUCUUUCCCUUUCAUAA